AUGGUUUUAACAGUUUCAUUAGUGCACAUAUUCCAGCAACCAUUUCAAACAAUUAAAACUUACUACAAUCAAAUCAGACAAAAAGACGAUGUUGUUAAAAUUUCAGAAUUGAUUGAUGCGCACAUCGAUGAACAUGGAUUUGAAUAUACUAAACAUAGGCUAGUAUGUCAUAAUAUUAUACCUCAAGUAUUAAGGCGAGAUCAAAUACUACAUGUUCCAGAAAUACUUAUUGAAGAAGAAUGUUGGUAUGACGAAAAAGGUCAAAAAUUUUGGGCAAGAACGAGAAAUUUGAGUUGGUCAGAAAUAGCCACGUUAUCUAAUAUAAUAACAUUAUCAAUUACACCAAACCCAACAUGGACUAAGUAUGAAAUUGAUGGCAUAACAGAUUUUUUUGGAACACAGCCUCAUGGAGUUGGCUAUGCAGUAGAGUAUUUUUUGAAAAAAUAUACAGAAAAAAAGUUGUUGGAACAUAUUAAAAUAAUCGACCAGGAAUGUUUGAAAAAUAGUGAUAUAUUAAUGUAA